CCGCCAUGGGACAGAUUGCCUGUUCAACGCAUCUGGCCAAGUCUCGCCGAUCACUCGAAUGGAACGGAAACAGCAAGAUUAUCGUUUUGUCGCCAAGAAGUCGGUCUAUCCAAAAUACGUGAACUGUCAUUAUCGCCCAUUAUAUUUGAAUGAUGCAGAAAAAUGUCGCCAAAUAGAUGUGGAUUAUACUGUAGAGAAAUUGCGACAACUCAUGUCGGAUCCUGUCACCAACGAUCAUGUUGAGCGGAUAUCACGACUUUUAUCUGAUUACUUGCAUGAAAUCGGCGACGACGGUUACCCAGUCAAACACCUGCCAUUCAUAAUGAAGAUAUUAGAAUUUCUAGCCUGGAAGAGCAGAGAAAUUAAUGACUAUCGGAAGCAUUUGAAUAGGAUGUUGCAGUUAUGCAGUAAACCGCCUUUGCUGAAACAAGCUUCCGAGAGUCUCACUAGUUCCGUCAUAAUAGAGCACUAUUUUACAUUUCUCGGUUACCUUCUAACAAUUUUGCCCAAUGAAGAAGACGUUGAACGGAUCCACGAGGCUCUUGAUUGUUUAUUAAUUAGGCAGACGAAACCGAUGAACAUUGCGGCAGUGAAAUUAGAUUUUCGUCGUCGAGCCAUGGAGAAUUCUAGAUUGCCGAUUAUCAUCAUUGAACUACUGGAGGCUGCUAUGCCAAAAAUAUAUCCGAAGAUCUUGAAACUGGCUUAUAUGGUCGCCUCGAUCUCAAAUCAAUGUUGUCACAGAAUGCUGCAGGCCAGGAUACUGAACACCUUGUUAACCAGGAUGGAUCUUCCUUACGCGACGGAACUGCGCUGCACUGCACCGCUGGACAUACCCCUUGAGGGAGAGGAAUAUCCGUGGGACAUCAUGCUUUUGAUAAUGAAACUCUUGUGGAGCCUCAUGAGAUCGGUGUUAUCUUUGAAAACGCUACCAGAACACCUGAAGGACCUCCCAUCGCCCAAGCGAUGCGCCAUGUGGUAUCAUUUGAUAGCACGGUUUAAUCAAUUAGCAAUUAAAAAUUUAACGACAAUUCUGACGCAGUACAGGGGCUUAAGGUAUUCCUUCAAGCGACAGAUACUUCGUGGUCAAUACUGUGCCGUAAAUUUGAGGAUCAGGAACGACAUCGCCGCAUUGAUCUUCGCUGGAAUAGUGGCUUUACCAUCGUGGGAUCUUAUCAGUAGUGGUAUCGCGGAAGAUAUCGUCAAUCUUUUAUCUGCAAUUGAAUCUGGCUCUACUAAAAUAUGGGCAGAAAAUGUUAAGUUCUCCGACAGUAAUGAGGACCUCUUCUUCAAAAAGAUCCUACUGAUGAUCAUCGCUUACCUCGCAGAUAUCGACAUUUACAUCUUCAUGAUGGACAAAGCGAUGAUUAUGCCAGUUAUUCUUCGAAUCAUUAAAUUCUGCAUGAACAAUAAAGAAGAUAAAGAAUCUUCAUCGCUAAUUCUUUUGGAGUAUGCAAUGCAUAUUUUAUCACUGUUAGCUCCACGAAUAGAAACGGAAUUUGUGAAGCGCAAAGGCACUUUUAUAUUACUGGUGAUACUCAAGCAAAUUUUGAACGUGGAAUUCGACGAGUAUCUUGCGAUGAUUUUUACAAGAUCCGUUUGCUCGAUUAUUCUGCAAGACAAUGUUUUUCUUCUGGAGGAUUUCCAAAAACAGGGAAUGAUACCGUUAUUAAUUAAAUUAUUCAGCAAUAUAAUGAGUUUAGAUAAGCUUACGAUGAGGAGGCAACGAAUUCUAACAUUGCUAUUGAUCUCCCUAGAAGGGCUUAUGAAAAAACAAAUGUUUGUUCAACAGAUGUGCGCACAACAAAACGUCGAGCUUAUUUUACAAUUAUUCGCAAAGUAUCUACAUCAAAGAAAUGAGGAUUUUCAAGUAGAUCAGCGACUGUUGCUAGCAAUAGGCGUUUACGUUUGGAAAUGCAUAGUGCAAUGUCCUGAGGAUCUUCAAAUUUUCUUGAACGGCGGUGGAUUGUACUCUAUGUUGGACAUCAUUGAGGUCGCGAGCUACCCUGUAAGAUGUUUGUAUCUCGCUGCACUGACUGAUAUAUGUGAUAACACCUUUUGCGGACCAUGUUUCUGCACCUGGAGAGGCGUUGAUAAGAAGACAGGUCUGAUAUCUUUAUUCAUGAGUAUUUGGCGAGAAGAGGAAGACAGGAUCGGCAUCAAAAGAAACGCCGAUGGUUCCAUAGCAGAUCCUGAAUUUCCUCAGAUGGGCAUCAAGCAGUGGAUAGACACCUAUCGUUUCCAGCUUACAGAAAACGUUAGUCCCACUAUAACUGACAUGAUGGGUUCGGUGCGAUCGAAAAUCUUUAGUAUUUUGAAAAUAAUUGAGAGAGACACCGAAAAAUACAACAUCGCUAAGAAUCAUUAUAAGAUUCUACUUGAGGAAUUACCAACGAAAGAUCACGUAACACUAUGUUGCGCUGACAUGUAUCUACAAUUGAAACUCGGUCAAAUGUGGAAGGAGCUUAGCAGAUAUUUAGAGCAGACCAACAUCAUCCCAUUGAGCGUGGACGCGCAUCUGAUCGCUCACAUGAUCCAAUGGCAUCAUUCAUGGAGAAUUUCAAUCCAGGACCGUCAGAAAAUGUUGAUUGCAAUAGCCACGAGAGCAGACGAGAUUUUAGAGAAAGACGAGCUCGCGAGGAUACGCGAUUCCAAGUUGGCGCCGACCCUGGAAGCGUUGGACGAUGUAGAUCGUAUCCGUCGUACGACUGACAGAUCAUACAUGUUACGGAAGAAAGCUCAACAGAGGCAACAAGUGCACGCGACCCUGUCAUUCCCACGCGAUGCUGACUUCAAGCAAUGCCAUCGAACGUUUUCGGAUAAGACGAACGUCACGGCAAUUUUUGGACAACAUCACUUGAUCGACAUUCCGUAUUUAAAGAAUUUUCGGAACAAUUUCACAGGGAUAUCUUCAAUAUCACUCCCCGAUGCUUGUAAUAAAGUUUUAUCUUCGCUCGAAGUUGCUUCCAAUUCCUUAUUCUAUAAACGCCGGUUCACGAACAAUUACAUGAUCGAAAGCCUCAAUCGGUAA